AUGCCUGGAGAGCUGCUGGCCAUGAGGAUGCAGAUGACUGGACAGAUCAAUUUGGACGCAGCACCACAGGAGGACCUGACCAGAGUCUUGGCUGAGAUCCGUGAGCAGUACGAGUCCUUAAGUGCCAAGAACCAGCGUGACCUGGAGUCCUGGUUCCAGACCAAGACAGAGACGUUGAACCAGGAGGUGGCGUCCAGCACAGAGGUUCUCCAGACCUCAAAGUCAGAGAUUUCGGAGAUCCGUCACACACUGCAGGGCCUGGAAAUUGAACUGCAGUCACAGCUCAGCAUGAUCCCCAGCCAGCACCCAGAUGCCGGUUUCUGA